AUGGAUGGCGAGGGUGGUUUAGAGCAGAACAUCUUGCAUGCUGGCAUUGUCAAAACUCCUCAUGACACUGUGAAACUCCUCCGCGCUGGCAGUCGUCCAGCCUCCGGGAGGUGCGAUACGGAUGUCCAUGAAGGUGACUUUCACCUCCCCGAUCUUCUGGACACUGGAAAUGAAUCUUCCUCUCCACAAGUGUUUCCCAUCCAGAUCUCAGAGCGCGGUUCUUAUGAUGAUGAUUCCAAAAAUGGAGCCAAGCUGAAUUUUAUGGCUAAUUGUGCUCCUCUAUCAAAAGACUGA